CUUUUCGACCUCGCUGUUUUUAAUUCAAUCUAGGGAAGGAAAGGACUGGCAGAGGGUAAGAAGUGCCUUUCAAAAGAAAUUAAUGAAACCCGGGGAAGUUGCGAAACUGGAUACCACGAUCAACGAGGUCCUGGAGGACUUCAUGCACAGAAUAGAUGACGUUUGCAACCACAACGGGCAAAUAGAAGAUGUCUGUUCAGAAUUCAACAAAUGGUCAUUUGAAAGUAUCUGCCUGGUGCUGUAUGGAAAGAGGUUUGGUCUCCUACAGCAGGAUGUAGAAGAAGAAAGUUUGAACUUCAUCAAGGCUGUAAAAACGAUGAUGGCUACUUUUGGAAUGAUGAUGGUGACCCCCGUGGAACUUCACAAGGGUCUGAACACAAAAGUCUGGCAAGCUCAUACUAAAGCAUGGGAUGAUAUAUUUAAAACAGCCAAGCACUCAAUUGACUGUCGACUGGAAAAACACUCUGCAAACCCUCGGGAGGAUUUCCUGUGUGACAUCUAUUCUGGAGGACAGCUUUCCAAGAAGGAGCUGUACGCUGCCAUCGCAGAGCUCCAGAUCGCCGGAGUUGAAACGACGGCCAAUAGUUUACUGUGGGCUUUGUAUAACAUUUCACGCAAUCCACAUGUUCAGCAGAAGCUUUUCCAGGAAAUACAGAGUGUUUUGGCUGCUAAUGAGAGUCCAAGUGCUGAGAGCUUGAAGAAUAUGCCUUACCUAAAAGCAUGCCUGAAAGAAUCCAUGAGAUUAACACCCUCGGUGCCAUUUACCACUCGCACCAUCGACACAGAAAUGGUUCUGGGAGAUUAUGUACUGCCCAAAGGGACCGUGCUAAUGAUAAAUAGCCAUGCCCUGGGUUGCAACGAAGAGUAUUUUAAUGGCUGGACUCAGUUUAAACCAGAGCGCUGGUUUCAGAAGAACUUAAUAAAUCCUUUUUCACACGUCCCCUUUGGCAUUGGGAAGAGGAUGUGCAUCGGGCGCCGCGUAGCAGAGCUCCAGCUCCACUUGGCCCUUUGCUGGCUCGUUCGCAGGUACCGAAUUGUAGCGACUGACCACAAACCUGUGGAAACGCUCCAUUCGGGAAUACUGAUUCCCAGCCGGGAGCUUCCCAUUGCAUUUCACAGACGAUGAGGUAUGUGCAGGAGGGUCUCCUGA